CAGCUGCACUCGAACCUCAGUUCUAAGUCAGAAGUAGAACAGAAACUAAGUGUUAGGAAACUAAGUUCUCCUCUAGAAUGAAUCACCGGUCGAGUUUGUGCCUGCUUAUAUUGCUGGUCGUUAAUGGAAUUUGGCUGGGAAAUGCUCAAAUUCCAUUUCCCGGAAAGUGUCCGGAUGUCAAAGUAGUGGACACCUUCGAUGUGGAGGCGUACAUGGGUGUCUGGUAUGAGUACUCCAAAUAUCCAUUUGCCUUCGAGAUCGGAAAGAAAUGCAUCUACGCCAAUUAUGGUGUCAUAGACAACAGCACCGUGUCUGUGCUGAAUGCAGCUAUCAAUCAAUUAACUGGAAAUCCAUCGAAUGUGACUGGAAAAGCCAAGCUGAUCGCACCAGGUCAAUUGGCGGUGGCAUUCUAUCCCGGCCAGUCGUUAACGAAGGCCAACUACUUGGUGCUUGGCACAGAUUAUGAAUCAUAUGCCGUUGUCUACAGUUGCACUAGUCUGACGCCCUUGGCUAAUUUCAAAAUUGUUUGGAUCCUAACUCGUGAGCGCGAACCUUCAACGGAGACAAUCGAUGCGGCCAAGAAGAUCUUAGACGACAAUGAAAUAUCGCAGGCAUUCCUCAUCGACACCACCCAGAAGAAUUGCCCCGAAUUGGAGGGCAAUGGCACUGAGUUGGCUGGAAGUGAUGAGCUUGAUGUGGAUCACUUCGUCACCACUGUGGUGCCAAAUGCCAUUGGCAAGGCAUGAGAUUGGCUGCAACGCUUCUAUGAGCGUUUCUACGACAUUUUUAUGAACUUUUUGAGUUACUAAAACUGCUAAUAUUCAAGUGUACAUAUAUCGAUAGUUGGCUGCUCUUUAAAGUAGCAAUUUUAAUUAGUUGUUAUUGCUAAAAAUAAAAUCGAAUA